CUGUAUACGGCAUAUUUUUAUCUAAAUGCAUGAAUAAAUAUUUAAAAUAUUAUAUUGAACGGCUCUUGUGAAAGGUUUGUGUUGCUCCCGAUUCUUUUUCCCAAAAUGAGUGAGGAGAAACUGCCGCUAAUCGUGAAAAAUAUCAACGGAAAUCAUGAAAAUAACAGUGGAAACACUUCAAGGGAAACGUCCAUAUCCUUCCAAGUGCCGAUUUACGGUACUCAUGCUGGUCUGCAGCCUGGCAUUGUCGGAAAGUCUAUUCCAGCAGACGAAAGAAUAACUUACACAUGGAAUUCCCUUAACGUCUUCACUAAUACUGAAAAUCAAAAGACUGAUCCCUACUUUUGUUGUUGCAAAAGGUCGGGCUAUCAAACAGUUUCCGGAAAACAUUUGCUAAAGAACGUUAGCGGCGUGGCAUAUCCAGGGGAGCUGCUGGCAAUUUUAGGCUCAAGCGGAGCGGGAAAGACAACGUUGCUCAAUGCCUUAACUUUCAGGUCACCUAAAAGCAUUACCGUCACCGGAACGAGAUGUGUUAAUGGAGUCCCAGUUAAUUCUAAAUCCUUGACAAGCCAAUCCGCCUACGUCCAACAGGACGAUUUAUUUAUAGGAAGUUUGACCGUCAAGGAACACCUUAAAUUUCAAGCUCUCGUCAGAAUGGAUAGGCACAUUUCGUAUGAGAACAGAAUGGAAAGAGUGGAAGAAGUUAUGUCAGAGAUGAACCUAAACAAAUGCGCAAAUACGUGCAUAGGCAUUCCAGGACGUCUCAAGGGCAUUUCCGGUGGCGAACAGAAACGACUCUCAUUUGCAUCGGAAGUUCUGACCAAUCCCUCGCUAAUGUUUUGCGAUGAACCUACCUCAGGAGUGGAUUCUUUUAUGGCAUUAAAUGUGGUGCAAAUCUUAAAAAAUAUGGCCCACGCAGGUCGGACUGUCAUAUGCACGAUUCAUCAACCUUCUUCGGAAGUUUACUCUAUGUUCGAUAAACUUCUCCUGAUGGCAGAAGGUAGAAUCGCUUUCUUAGGCACGCCAGAGGAGGCGGACUUGUUUUUCCGGCAACUCGAAGCGCCAUGUCCAAAAAAUUACAACCCGGCAGAUUAUUUCAUCCAGUUGUUGGCUAUAGCUCCCGGAAAUGAGGAAUCUUGCAGACAAGCCGUAAACAUGAUCUGCGACAAGUUCGAAAAAUCGGAACAGGGGAUUAAAGUAGCCCUUGAAUCUGAGACAAGAAAAGGAGAUUUUCUAAGACACAGCGAAACGGAGGUAUGGAUAAACGGAAGCUCAAACGGAUUUAAAAGCCCUUACAAAGCGUCAUGGUUCGCUCAAUUCAGAGCUGUUUUGUGGAGGUCUUGGUUAAGUAUAAUAAAAGAGCCUCUUCUGAUGAGAGUGCGACUCAUGCAGACAAUCUUAGUCUCGUUAAUGUUGGGCGCCAUUUAUUACGGACAGGUGAUCGAUCAAGAUGGCGUAAUGAACAUUAACGGGGUUUUAUUUAUUUUCCUCACAAAUAUGACGUUUCAGAAUGUGUUUGCGGUUAUCAGUGUAUUUUCAUCCGAACUACCGAUAUUUCUACGAGAGCAUCGAAACGGCAUGUAUCGAACGGAGGUUUACUUUUUAGGCAAAACCCUAGCAGACAUACCAAUAUUCAUUUUCAUCCCAAUACUUUUUACGACAACGUGUUAUUUCAUAAUCGGACUGAACUCGGAAAUGCCAAGAUUUUUCGUCGCUUGUGGCAUUAUCAUCCUCGUCGCCAACGCAGCGACUAGUUUCGGAUACUUGAUAUCAUGCGCCUCGUCUACAAUUUCAAUGGCCGUUGCUGUGGGACCCCCGCUCAUAGUGCCCUUCCUACUCUUCGGGGGCUUCUUCCUCAAUAUCGACUCUAUACCGAUCUACUUCGAAUGGUUAUCCUAUUUGUCGUGGUUCAAAUACGGAAACGAAGCCCUAAUGAUAAAUCAAUGGGAAAACGUGACCAGUAUUCAAUGCCCUUUCGGCAACUCUACUUGUCCAAAGGACGGGCACAUUGUUCUCGAAAUGUACAGUUUCGACGAAGAAAACUUUAUUGUCGAUCUAUCAUCGUUACUGGGUCUUAUUUUGGGGUUCAGGCUUCUCGCAUAUUUUGCUCUGCUGUGGAAAACUUACAAGUACGAAAAGGGAAAUAAAAUAAUCAUACAAAAGAUAACCGGUAAUAAUGGUGGACGUGAUAGAAUCAGACUCGAAUUUUCGUGGAAAAUAAAACAAAUGUUUACCCCUAGGACCUCGGGAUCCUCGACGGAGAGCACGCAACUGACUUUAUUGAGGCCAGAUCGUAGAUCUACCGACAGCUACCUUAACGAUGAUUCAGACAACUUUGAAUCGAGCGGCUCCUUCGGAAAGAAGUGCAGAAGUUACUCUCGUUGGUCCCCAAUGGAAGAAGGAAUUACUCUGGCCUGGAACGACCUAACAAUAUACGCGAAAGCCAAAACGAACGGCAAAAUAACUUACAAGAGAAUUAUAAACAGCGUUACCGGAGCCAUUAAACCUGGAAGUCUGGUGGCAGUAAUGGGAGCAAGCGGUGCGGGAAAAAGCACCUUAAUGGCCGCCUUGGCUUACAGAAAUAUAGGUGAUACGGUAGUUGAAGGAGAUAUUUUAAUAAAUGGACGUCCUAUCGGAAACUACAUGAAAUAUUUGAGCGGAUGUAUGCCCCAGGAAGAUUUGUAUGUAGCAUCGCUUACUGUUCUAGAACAUAUGAAUAUUAUGGCUCAUUUAAAGUUGGAUAGACGCGUCAGCAAUUUUGACAAAUCUAAAAAGAUAAGGUCGAUCCUGAACCAGCUGGGAUUAACCAAAUGUAUAUCGACCCGAAUCGGUGCGGUGGGCGAGAGCAAAGGUCUCUCCGGAGGGGAAAGGAAAAGAUUAGCAUUUGCCACAGAGUUGCUUACAGACCCUCCGAUCCUUUUUUGCGACGAACCAACCACGGGACUGGAUUCUUUCUCUGCCGAAAAACUUGUGUCUUUAAUGAGCAGAAUGACGUCAGGAGGAAAGACUAUCCUCUGCAGCAUUCACCAGCCGUCCUCACAGAUUUUUGGAAUGUUUACACAGUUGAUUUUGAUUGCCGAUGGCCGAAUUGCCUACAUGGGCAGUCGAGGAAGUGCAACAGAAUUUUUUGAGAAGUUGGGAUUUAUUUGUCCUAGUUCAUACAGUCCAGCAGAUUUUUUUAUCAAAACUUUAGCGACUACUCCUGGCUUCGAACAAAAUAGUAGACUAGCGGUGAAAAAGAUCUGUGACCAUUUCGCUGUAAGCGACUAUGCUAAAGAAGUAGAUGUGGUUGUUCAAUACGAGUUUCAUAUGGGAAGAGCUCAGCCGAGAGAGUUCGAGUUGCGGACUAAUUUUAAAGAGCCGUUCUGGUGGCAGAAACUAUGUUGGUUAAUAUACAGAUGGUCCCUGGAGGCAUUGAGGAAUCCAUCCGUACAAGCUCUUAGAAUUUUGCAAAGAAUUACCAUCGCCGUCAUAGUGGGAUUAUCGUAUUGCGGGACAAAUCCUUUAACUCAAAAUGGCGUACAGGCAGUGCAAGGGGCGAUAUUCAUAUUUGUCACUGAAAAUACCUUUAAUCCAAUGUAUUCUGUACUUGCUGAAUUUCCGGAAAAUACGCCGAUAUUUUUGAGAGAGUUCAGAUCCGGACUCUAUCAUCCAGUCACGUACUACUUGUCGAGGAUAAUUGCUUUGCUACCCGGAUUUAUAGUCGAGCCGUUGCUAUUUGUGGUAAUUGCGUACUGGAUAUCGGGAUUGCGCACAAAUUCCUAUGCAUUUUUUAUGACGAUUUUAAUUACAAUGCUCACCACCAAUGUCGCUUCGGCUUGCGGUAUAAUGUUUUCCAAUGCAUUUGAUUCGGUGCCGACCGCCAUGGCUUAUUUGGUGCCUUUCGAUUACAUUCUUAUGGUGACUUCUGGAUUAUUUGUUAAGUUGGGAACGCUCCCCCAGCUCGUAUCAUGGAUGAAAUAUUUAUCGUGGUUAAUGUAUUCGACCGAAUCUCUGAGUAUAGUGCAGUGGGAAGGAAUAACUAACAUUACGUGUGACACCAGGGAAGGCGAUUUACCUUGUGUAACCGAUGGCUCUGCCGUGCUAGACAAGUACAGUUUUUCAGGGGAUAAUCUCGCUUCGGAUAUGUGGAACAUGUUUUUUCUUCUAAUCGCUUUCCAUUUCCUCGGAUGCGUGUGUCUCUGGUGGAAAACAACGCGAAGAUGAAUCAAGUCGGCGAUACUUACUUGGGAUGCCGAAAAACUUACCACUGCCUCCUUUUUAAUAUAAAUAAAGUAUAGUAAGUCAACAAAUAUUAUGUUUUUGUAAUUAGAUUAACAACAAUGCCGAGGAAUAUAUUGUGGCAAAAUAAUAAAAAGUAAAACAGUA